AUGGAUUCGCCUCGAUCACCCACUUUCGGCGGCUUCCACGAGCAUCUUGCCGUCGUUCUCUACGAGGGUGACCGCGACGUCCAGGCUUUGGACCGCAUCGCGGAGCACACUAUCCACCCGCUGAACCAAGUCUUCAUCGUCGUCAACCUCAUGACCGCCUUCACCAUCCUUGGCCGCGAUUUCUUCGUAUCUACCGUUGUCGCCCUCCUCACCGUUGCUGUCAUCGUGGCUUUCGCUUACAUCUUUUGGACCUUCAUGGCCGAAGCAACGGAAGCUACGCCAAUCCCCACCGAGUCGAACCCCGAGGCGCCCAACAACGACGUUCCCACCAGUGCUCUGACUUCUGUUCAGCCCACCCCUGAGGUGUCCGUCGUUGAAGCUUCCACCACCAAGGCCACCAUCGGAACUGUCGCUAAGAAGACUGUACUGCUCAUGGAAGCUCCGCCGACCGCCAUCAAGUCCACUCUUGAGGCACCCUCCACCGACGUGGCUACCGCCGACGUCAAGGCUCCCAUCGCCGACUCAUCUACCACCAAAGUUCCCACUACCGACCCACCCACCACUGAGGCACCAAGAAAGGACCCGCGCCGAUGCCUCGCUCCGCAUCUUCGCAACAAGCAGAACGCCACCUCUACCGCUCAGCCUCGACGUGUUACCGUCCAGCCUCGUGGUACCGCUCAGUCUCGUGGUGUCGCUCAGCCUUGUACCAACGACAAGGCGCGUUCGAGCAACAAACCUAGGGCGUGGAGCAAGCCUACCCCGAGCGCUCCUCGCCGCGAGCGUCAAAUUCUCAGUGGAUGGGGCGAUAUCCAGAAUGCGAUUCGCGCAGACGACAUUGCGAUCACAGCCGCGAACGAGGCCAAGGCUGACUCUAUGAAGGAUGUGCCGUGGGGAGAGUGGACGACAAACUACCUGUCGCAUGCGCCGCGAGUCUCCAGGACUGGCUAGAUGAAAAGGAG